AUGGAUGUGAAUCAAGUGCUGGCUGGCACGCUUUCGCCAGAUGCCACAACCCGACAAAAUGCCGAACAACAAUUGCAGCAUGCUGCUGAAGUCGAUUUUGCUUCGUACCUUACCACGUUGGCGGGAGAACUUGCCAAUGACUCUGCUUCCCCUGCUAUUCGAACUGCUGCCGGUCUAGCGCUCAAAAACGCCUUUUCAUUUCGAGAUCUAGCCCGGCUUCGAGAAGUCCAAGGACGAUGGGUUCACCAGAUCACGCCUCAAGUCAAAACUGCAGUAAAAGAAUUAGCUUUAAAAACUUUAGCAUCAUCUGAUUCACGAGCUGGCCAGUCCGCAGGACAAUUUAUCGCUUCCAUCGCCGCCAUUGAACUUCCUCGAAACGAAUGGCAAGACUUAAUGAAUACUUUGGUCCAGAAUGUAAGCGGUGGAUCAGACCAUUUAAAACAAUCCUCUCUGGUCACGAUUGGGUUUAUCUGUGAAUCUGAAGAUCCGGAUCUUCGGGAGAGUUUGAAUGCUUAUUCGAACGCCAUCCUCACUGCCGUUGUGCAGGGGGCACGAAAAGAAGAACCAAAUAAUGAUGUGCGAAACUCCGCUAUCACUGCACUAAGCGAUGCUAUCGAAUUUGUGCGAUCCAAUUUUGAAAACGAAGGCGAACGAAACUACAUAAUGCAAGUCAUUUGCGAGGCAACGCAGUCGAACGACGUUAGAAUACAGAGUGGUGCAUUUGGUUGUUUGAACCGUAUUAUGAGCAGUUAUUAUGAAAAGAUGCGAUUUUAUAUGGAAAAGGCGCUCUUCGGCCUCACAAUAUUGGGGAUGAAAAGCCAAGAAGAGGACGUUGCGAAACUUGCCAUUGAGUUUUGGUGCACUGUAUGUGAAGAAGAAACGGCUAUUGAAGAUGAUAAUAAACUGUCAAAGACCGAAGGCUCCUCGAUCCUCCGCCCAUUUUUCAAUUUUGCCCGCAUUGCCUGCAGAGAAGUGGUUCCUGUUCUACUAGAAUUGAUGACCAACCAAGAUGAAGAUGCCACAGAUGACGACUAUAAUAUUUCUCGCGCUGCUUACCAGGCGCUUGAAUUGUAUGCUAGUUGCGUUCAUGCUGAAGUGAUCCCACCAGUUUUGGAGUUUGUUGAGGCGAAUCUCCGGAACAACGACUGGCAUCGUCGAGAUGCAGCUGUAUCGUCAUUUGGCGCGAUCAUGGAAGGCCCGGAAUUUGAAACUCUUGACCCCCUUGUCAAACAGGCUCUUCCUGUUUUGAUUCAGAUGAUGGAUGAUAAGGUUAUUCACGUCCGAGACUCGGCAGCGUAUGCACUUGGUCGUAUCACGGAAUUCUGCCCGGAAUCGAUUGACGUUGAUGUCCAUCUACAGCCGCUUAUCUCGUGUUUGUUCCACGGCCUGGCUAGUAGUACAAAGAUUGCGGGGUCUUGCUGUUGGGCCCUUCAAAACAUCUCGGAUCAGUUUGCUGGAGAUCCUGGUUCUGAUACUAGCCCGUUCUCGAAACAUUUUCAGGACAGUGUUUCUUCUUUGCUCACUGCUACAGAGAGACCCGAUGCUGAUAACCUUCUCCGAACCGCUGCAUACGAAGUUCUAGCUACCUUUGUAACUAAUGCAGCUAACGAUUGCCUCCCUGUAAUCGGCAGCUUAGUUGAUGUCAUUAUCAAGAGGCUUGAAUGCACAAUUCCUAUGCAGCAGCAGGUGGUUAGCGUUGAAGACCGUAUCACGCUAGAAGAGUUACAGACAAGCCUUACCAGCGUCCUUCUUGCAAUUGUGCAGCGUCUAGAGUCAGAUAUCAAACCAGAAGCAGAUCGAAUAAUCUCCCUAAUGCUGAAGGUCCUUUCUACCUUGCCCCCUAAGUCUAGUGUGCCUGAUGCUGCCUUUGCAACUGUUGGUGCUAUCGCUAGUGCUGUGGAAGGAGAUUUUUUGAAAUAUAUGGAAGCAUUCACGCCAUUCCUUUAUAACGCGCUUGGCAACCAGGAGGAGCCUGGGCUAUGUGCCAUGGCUAUUGGCCUCGUGAGCGAUAUAACUCGUUCAUUAAAUGACAAAGCCCAACCAUUCUGUGAUACAUUCAUGAAUUAUCUUCUUAACCUUUUGAGAAGCACCACCCUUACCAACCAGCUAAAACCCGCUAUUCUCCUGACAUUCGGUGACAUUGCACAGGCUAUUGGCACUAAUUUUGAAACUUACCUGCCUGUUGUGGGUCAGGUUCUUCAGCAAGCUUCCGGUGUUACUGUUGGAAAUGACGUAUCUCAGGAUACUAUCGAUUAUGUCACCUCGCUUCGUGAAGGUAUAAUGGACGCCUGGGGCGGCAUUCUUAUUGCCUAUAAAGGAACACCUAAUGCCAAUAAUUUGACACCUUUUAUUGAAUCGAUAUUUCAGCUCAUCGGCCACAUUGCAAACGAAGGAACACGAAGCGAAGGACUAAUGCGAUCCACCAUGGGUGUAAUUGGCGACUUGGCGGAUGUAUUCCCCAAUGGUGAAUUUGCUUCCAUGUUCCGCAAUGAGUUUGUUACUGGCCUUAUAAGGGAAACUCGAUCCAAUCGGGAUUACGGUGGCCGUACAGUUGAUACCGCGCGAUGGGCCCGUGAACAAGUAAAACGCCAAGUCGGCCUUGCUACCGCCGCGGCGAUGUCGUAA